CGAGAAGUUAUAAACGCUAUAAUGUCGAGCGUAGAUACCCUUGUAGUCAUGAGUACUGGAGCUGGGAAAAGCUUGUGCUAUCAGCUUCCGGCUAUUGCUAUGAAAGUUGUCAUCUCUCCUUUGAUAUCGCUCAUUGAGGAUCAACUCGCAAACUUGCGAAAGCUUGGCGUCGGAGCUGAAGCUCUCAACCAGUCAACGUCGAAGGAGGAUAUUGUUCAGAACGGUUCGCCUCUCAGGCUUCUUUAUAUAACGCCGGAAAAGUUACGGCUUGUACCUCUCUAUCCAAAAUUGUUUCUUCAGGUGUUUGCCAUUGACGAAGUCCAUUGUUGUUCACAGUGGGGUCAUGAUUUUCGACCAGAUUACAAGUUUCUUAAUAUUCUAAAGCGUCAAUUUCCAAAUGUGCCCAUUCUCGGAUUGACAGCAACCGCGACAGCCAGUGUCCUUUCCGAUGUGAAGAACAUGCUCGAUAUUCCAAGUAAGCUUUUGCGCCAAGCCUCUCAUCCCUCCGGGUUCGGGAAAUUGGUACCGGACUUCUCUGGGAAGAAAAUCAUUUUCUGCAAUCGAAUGAAAAACCUCAUAGCGUAUCAUGGACUGUAUAGGGAAUGCGGUGUUCGUGCUGCAUUCUAUCACGCGGAUAUGGGCUCAUCCCAACGUUCAUCUGUUCAUGAGAAAUGGGUGGCCGGGAAGUACAAUGUCAUUGUCGCAACGGUGGCGUUUGGCAUGGGUAUUGACAAACCCGAUGUGCGUUUCGUCAUACAUCAUGCAUUACCCAAAUCUGUUGAGAACUACUUUCAGGAAAGUGGACGAGCCGGUCGUGAUGGUUUGCCUGCCGUAUGUAUACUGUACUACCGCUUGUCCGAUGUCUUUCGGCAGAGUACAAUGAUAUGUACAGAGCGUACGGUGUGCCGCCGUAAACAUCUGGUCGAUCACUUUGAAGAGGCAUGGAGAAAUAACCUGUGUCCGAAAGCUUGUGAUGUGUGCGCAAAACCGUCGAAAAUUCUGGAAGUGGACAUUACAUCUGUAAUCCGGACUAUGCUUAGAAUCAUUCAUGAGGUAAAAAAAAUGCUGCAGUUUUUACUUGCUGUUGGAAACACUUUGUGCAGCAUUCACAUGUAG